CUGUCAUCUCCACGUGAAUUGUUUUCAUGUAGGCACGUUUUCCAUUUAACGAUUUGAAUUCGAAUGGAUUUAGACGAAUUUGACGAUUUUGGGGAUGAAGAGGAACAAGAAGAAGAGCAACUUGAUCCGAAUAAUCCAGAUCAUGCAUUUAUUUUAUUGGAACGAGAGUUUACAAAGACAAUCGCAGACAUCGAACAAAACGCACAGGCCGCUCAAUACGCCGAAGAAUUUAACAAGUUAUUCGAAGCGCUCUACACGCAUAACGAAACGAGAAAACAGUUGACACAGAGAUGUGCGGAAUUGGAAGAGCAGCUCGCGGGAGGCACAGAAAAACUGAUAAUAGCAACAAAAAUUGCCGAAGGCGAUGCCGAGGUCAUUGCGAGUUUAAAGGGGAAAAUUGAGUACUCUUGGCGGAUGACUGAUGCAGCACAUGAGCGCGAACAGCAAGCGCAAGAAAUUAUCGAUAACCUGAGGAGCCAAAUUAGUGCUUUGGUCGCCGAGCUGGAUUUCAAAAAUAAGAUGAGCUCGGAAGAUGACGGAGGCGGCCAGCAAAGCAAAAACCAAGAAAGUCUAGAGAGGGAGAAAGAGAAACUAAUGGGUGAAAUUGGUCAACUGCAAGUGAAAUUGGCAAAUGCAAUCGGGUACCAGGAAGAAUUGGAGAGAAAAAACUCUCACGCUGAUUUGAAAAUAAUUGACCUCUCUAGUCAAUUGCAGGAUUUGGCGAAUGAUUUUGACAAAACCAAGAAACAGCGUGAUAAGUUAGAAGGAGAAGCCGUCGAGUUAAACAACGAACUUUCAAGAUGCAACGGAGAAGUGCGUUCAUUACAAUCCACCGUCCAAAAAGGAGAGACCUUUAUAAACCGACUAGAAAGACAAAUAGAUGAUUUGAAGAACCUAAAGGAGAAGCUUUCGAGCGAUCUUGAAAAUUUAACCGAUAAAUACGAAAAUCUACAAGACGUCCAUAAGCAGCUUAAAAAUACACAAGACGAUACAAAGAAACAGCUCGGAAAGGCGAUGAUGGAAAAUAAACUGAAAGACGACCAAGCUGUUAAAAUGAGGUCAGAAAUAAAUAAAUUUGUGACGAUUCGUGAGCAGUACGAUAAGAAAAUUGUCAAGUUAGAAUGUGACAAACGAGCCGCUUGGGACGAGCGCGAUGCACUACGCCAGAUCCAAAUUAGCACCCAGAAAGAGAUCCAGCAGUACAAAAGGCAGUCCGACGUAGAUAAGCGCACGAUGGAUUCAAUGGUUAAGGAAAAAGACUUGCUAAAUAAAAAUAUCUUAAAACAUCAAGACCUCAUCAAGGAGCACAUCAAAUUGUUCAAAAUUCAAGAGCAAACCAAGAAAAAGUUGGAACUAGAAAUUGGCGAACAAGUUCAGGAGAUUGGUAAACAAAGAAAGCAGGUCUCCUACCUAGAAAAGGAGCGAGACCGACUCGUCGAUGAGGGUUUGGAGUUAACGCAGAAAAUAGAAGAUACAAUGGAGGAAAUUAAGCUUAAGAAGACGCAAAUAUACGAUUUGAAGAAAAGUCUGGCGGAGAACGACAAUAAAUUGCGUAUACAACAAAAUCUGUUCGAAGGAGUGCGAGCUGAGAGGAAUAACUUACAAAAAGCUCUCCAAGAGUCGGCCGCUGAAUGCGGGGAGCUCAAAAAUAAGCUGAAGGUGAGCAGCCACCAAUCAGAGCAACUUAAAGAGGACAUCGCCAUGAAAGAACAAGAACUGAUUCGAGAAGAGAACAUUCUACGGAAGAUUACGAAGGACAAAGAAAACUUAAGAAUUGAGCUUGAUAACGCACUAGAAGCUGUCAAACAACUCAAAGAGGAAAUCGUAGAAAUGAAAACUGAAGAGAAACGCCUACACAAAGUCAUAUUCGAAAGCGAUAAAAGAAUCAAAGAGCUCACAAAAGACUUGGAUACUCUUAUGAAUGAGCGUGACAUUUUGGGAUCACAGCUAGUGCGCCGCAAUGACGAAUUAGCACUUUUAUACGAGAAAAUCCGCAUAUUACAGUCUACACUUCAAAGAGGGGAAGCCCACUACGAACGUCGACUGGAAGAUAUUCGACUUUUAAAAAUCGAAGUAAAACGUCUGCGUCAAGAAAAACUGCUUCUAACAAAAUCCAUUACCAACAUGACGGACCUACGGCAAGAAAUUUUCCAUAUGGAACGUGAUUUAACAAGGGAACGUUUGAAGUGCCGAGCUUUGGAAGAAGAAUUGCAAAAUCCGCUAAACAUACAUCGAUGGCGCAAGCUGGAGGGAUCUGAUCCAGAUGUUUUAGACUUACUUAAAAAAAUUCAAUUGCUCCAAAAAAGACUGCUGAAUCAGACUUCGGAAGCCGUCGAACGGGAAAGGCAGCUCAAGGAGGCAGAGAAGCUUUAUACCAAUCUCAAGCAAAUUAUGGCCAAGCAGCCGAGCCCCACGAUUCAGGAAGAUUUAAAUAAAACGCGCAAAGCGCUUACAUUACGUGGCAACAAGCUAAAGUGCUUGGUUUCUGAAUUGAACAUGACGGAAUUGCAAUCUAUAGAGUACAAAGAAGAUUUAGACAAGGUUCGUGAGGAACUGAAGGAGGUGAAGAAAAAGUACUUGAUUGAAAAGAAAGCACAUCAAAAAGAUUUGGACGCCUUAAAAACCCUGGAAAGUAAACACAAUCAGAUGCCAAACAUAGUGCCAAUUAAAUUUACAGGUGGAGGUUUUAAAAUGUCUGUAACCACCAAUGAACAAUUUUAA